UCGAGAAGGAGCUCAGCGAAGGAGCCUGAUAUCACUCCUCCUCCGACGACGAGCGCGCCAGAAGCUUCGAGAAUCUUCCGGAAGAAAAGAGAGACCUCGCCAGCCUUCUGAAGAUGGACGGCCCCUUCGCCAAGAAGCAGUGUGUCAACGACGUGGAAAUGAAGAGCAGCAAGUUGCACGAGAAGCCGACGCUGAUGGAGGGCGGACAGUACAUCCUGGAGGGCGACGAGGAGGCCAAGAGCACCACCAUCAUCUUCUCCAUGACGGAGGAGGUCGGCGCCCUGGCCAACGCCCUCAAGAUAUUCCAGGCGCACAACGUGAACCUGCUGCACAUCGAGUCACGGCCGUCGCGGCGCGAGGCCAAGUACGAGUUCAUGGUGGAGUGCGACUCGUCGACGGGCAACCUGGGCUCGGCCAUGGAGCAGGUCAGGAAGCAGUGCUCCUACUUCCAAGUCAUCUCCAGGGACCACCACAACAACAAAGACACCGUCCCCUGGUUCCCCCGCAAGAUUAGCGACUUCACCUUACUAUCUCCUUAUCCUCUUCAUCCUCCAUCGGACUGUGCUACUCAUAUAGAUGACUGCCACGUAUACUUUACACUACAUGAACAUGAUACGACACUAUCACAUCCUCUCACCAUUCUCCUCACUAUCGCCCUCAUGCCUCGCUACACGUACUGUUCGCUGCACUAUCGCUUCACAAUUCUACAUAAGCAGUGA